ACGCCGCGGCGCGAGCUGAGAACGAAGGGGUCGCUGCUCCCUUGGAGGGCGUUGGGCAGUGUGCGGGGCCUUGGCAGCGGGGCUGGGGGCGGCAGCGCGCCGCUCACACUCAUGAGGAGCCGGAAGCUCGCAGGUGCAGUGCGGUCCUCGGCGCGCCUCCGAGCCCGGAGCUGCUUGGCCCAGGAAGCCCGUGUCACUACGUCCGCCCGGACGGCAUGUCAGACCGCCGCCUCACACAGAGCCCCCGACAGGCGGACCUCCAAGAAGUUCAAGCACGACAGAGGUCACCUUGGGAAAUCAGAAUUACAGAAACUAGUCCCCCAGAGUGACGGCACCACCGUGCCCGCCGAGAGCCCACGUGGACCUGAGCCUCCGGCCUUGGCCAAGGCCAGCGCACUGCUCCCGGGAGAGGAGGCGGCAGGCCUCCCCCCGGGACACCGCAGAGCCUCGACCGACGCGUGCCUGGCACAGGGUGCUCACCCGCCGGCCCCGCCAAGACCCAGGGCCCUUUCAAGUGGCGAGUCUGAUGGCGGUGGCCCCACGCAGGACGGGGCAGUGCUGGACGCAGAGCGGGGCCGCACGCCUGCCCUGCAGCUGGACACCAGCGUCCUUCUGGACGACGACAGUAACCAGCCCAUGCCAGUGAGCCGCUUCUUCGGAAACGUGGAGCUCAUGCAGGACCUCCCGCCGGCCUCCUCCUCCUGCCCGUCCAUGAGCAGGCGGGAGUUCAGGAAGAUGCAUUUCAGAGCCAAGGACGACGACGAGGACGAUGGCGACGAUGCAGAAAUGUAGGGACGGCCCCACGGCAACUCCUGGGCUCUUGAGUUCAGCUCACGGUCGACAGUGCAGCCGGUUACGGGAUUUAUACAAAAUUUGUCUCCGAGAGCGAAACUGCAGAACUGCCCCGCGCGAGGCCGCCGCGCAGACCCCGCCUGCCUGGCUCCGGUGAACCAAGGGCCUUCGCGUGGCAAGCAGCUCGUUCCAGGUGAUGUAUUUUCCCACAUCUGGGCACACGCGGUGGUGGUUGGAGCCACCUUUCUCAUGAAUGAGAUGCUUUGUGAAAAACAUCUUGUAUCAAAGCUCUUUAGUUUUGAUAAAUGCAAGUUUAUUUUCCGUAAUCAAAAUUUGAUCAUUCUCGGGACCGACUCACUGCCUGUUCUUAGAGAACUUUCUGUGCUUCUCUGCACGAAGCUGACAGCCACCUUGGACACUUAGCAAAAUACACGUGGGACAGAAAUAAAAUCUAUUUUGAAAGUGUUUUUAAA